GUUCACGUUUCCGGUAACUGUUUAGUAUCUGCAAGCUGUUUAAAUGUAUUCGAAUGGUUGAUGAUUCAUCGCUACAAACGUUCCAGUGGCAUUACGAUACCACUACAGUAUCCCUUGGUGGACAGCGGGUCCGGUUAGAAUCGGGAUGUGAGGAUACGCAGCGCGUGUAUUGUUGAUGUGCAGUUACGUAACAGCCCAAUGAGCGUGGCCGCGCGCACGUGGUCAGCCCGCUCCAACAGGCCACACAUUGAAUGAAACUCAGCGCGUAACAGGAAAACUGCGGAUAGCCUUCAUAAGGGGACUACCUCAGAGUUUUACAUGUCAUGACAGUACAUGUGUCCAGUUUGGAAAUUGUAGUCUACGACAGAACAUCCUUGUUAUCAAAAUUUAGGGAAAAGGUAAAAUGAGAAGUUGUAACCUUGUUCAAAAACUUCCGCAUAAAUACAUACAUCACGACAGCGCAACAGUGCCGGGGGGUUGGUGUUGAUGGUUAAUGAUGUUGAAUGUUGAUAUUGCGGUUUCAUACAGCAGGAAUUUAUGUUGCAUGUACAAAAUGCUCAAAUAUUCCGCCCAUACAAUUUUCCUCUCUGAUCCCUGUGGCGGUGCGCGCUCAUGCCCCCGAUCCCUGCGGCGCCCGGAUGUUCGCUCUGCUCGCUCUCAGGACAACAUGGUCGCUUGACGGAGCAAGACGUGUUCACGAGCGUGCUGGAAUCUCUGUGCAUUCUCACCGCGAUCGCGAGGUUAAACCAGCUGACGGCUGAGCAGAGCAGAGCUGUGUGCCUAUCUUAGACACGGAGCUUCUUGGGUUAGGGGUCCUGAGGAUUGCUUAGUGGAGAACUGAAGGAUGGACUGCCACCUCUAUCCUGCUGCUCCUGCUCAGACGCAAGUCCGAUUGAUCAGUUAGCACUGCGCAUCUGCGCUAAUCUCAGCGCCAGUUAGCGCCCGCUCAGAGACACAUAUCUCCGCUUUAGUUAGCGCCAUCCAUCUGCGCUGACUUCAGCUGAACUUCAGCUGAAGUUUGCCUGUUUGCUCCGACCACUAGCCACUGCUCUAGUUAGUGCCUAGUGCUUAGCAUCUACGCUAAUCACAGCUCCAGAUUGGGGGUCUGUGUGGAAACGUCUCUGCUCAAACGCCCCCCCCUUCGGUUCCAGCCUCGGGCUCUGAGCCGAAGAGCCCCUCCAUCUCACCUCUGCCUUAAUUUUUUUUAUUUUGGAUUGUACACGCAACAAACGCCACCAUGCUGGAUGAAUAUCUGUGGAUGGUGAUCGUGGGGUUCAUCAUCGCCUUCGUCUUGGCCUUCUCCGUGGGGGCGAACGACGUGGCCAACUCGUUUGGCACGGCGGUGGGCUCCGGCGUGGUGACCCUGCGGCAGGCCUGCAUCCUGGCCUCCAUCUUUGAGACGCUGGGCUCCAUGCUGCUGGGCGCCAAGGUGGGCGAGACCAUCCGCAAGGGCAUCAUCGACGUCAACCUGUACAAUGAGACCGUGCCCGUGCUCAUGGCGGGCGAGGUCAGCGCCAUGGUUGGGUCGGCGGCAUGGCAGUUGAUCGCCUCUUUCCUGAAGCUUCCCAUCUCAGGAACGCACUGCAUUGUGGGAGCCACAAUCGGCUUCUCGUUGGUUGCUAUUGGCACCAGGGGUGUGCAGUGGAUGCAGCUGGUGAAGAUCGUGUCCUCCUGGUUCAUCUCCCCUCUGCUGUCCGGUCUCAUGUCUGGGCUCCUCUUCUUCAUCAUCAGGCACUUCAUCCUCAACAAGGAUGACCCCAUGCCCAAUGGCUUGAGGGCCCUUCCCGUCUUUUAUGCAACCACCAUCGGAAUCAACACCUUCUCCAUCAUGUACACUGGAGCUCCAUUGUUAGGACUGGAACUGAUGCCAGUAUGGCAGAUCGGUUUGAUAACUCUGGCAGGAUCAAUAGUAUGUGCCGGGGUGGUGUGGUUCCUAGUGUGUCCGUGGAUGAGGAGAAAAAUUGCCAGUGAGUAUAACGCACGUGAGCACCUGUCUCGCAUCUCUGAUGAGAGCCUGGAUAAGAUCCCGGAGGAGGAGAGGGUCCCUGUGUUUAAGGAGCUGCCAGGGGCCAAAGAGCCCGACGAAUCAGCGCUACCCCUCACAGGGCCCAUUACGCCAGAGCCCGUCGGCCUCGCCAACGGCGCCGCCCCUCUCCCCAACGGCCGCUUCUACGGCCGCACCCACUCCAUGACCAAUGGCUGCCUGAAGUCCCCGUUGGCCAAUGGCAGCUUCAGCUUCGAUCACAUGCGAAGCGACGGCCAGGUGUACCACACGGUGCACAAGGACUCGGGGCUGUACAAGGACCUCCUGCACAAGAUCCACCUGGGGAAGCUGGAGGACGAGCGCAGCUCGCGGGUCGACAACAACUACCGGCUCCUGCGCCGCAACAACAGCUACACCUGCUACACGGCGGCCAUCUGCGGCAUGCCCAUGCAGCCGCUGCGGGCCGAGACCACGUCCGCGGAGGACAGCGAGAAGCUGGUGGGCGACAGCGUCCUGUACUCCAAGAAGCGCGUGCGCUACGACAGCUACUCCAGCUACUGCAACGCCGUGGCGGAGGCGGAGAUCGAGGCUGAGGAGGGCGACGUGGACGUGAAGCUGGCGUCGGAGAAGAUGGGCACACCGCCCCCCGGUGGCCUGGAGGACUGUCCUGAGGAGGAGAAGGACGAGAAGGACAAGCCUCAGGUGUUCCUGCUCUUCCACUUCCUGCAGAUCCUGACUGCCUGCUUUGGAUCUUUCGCACAUGGAGGCAAUGAUGUCAGCAAUGCCAUUGGCCCCCUGGUGGCGCUGUGGAUGAUCUAUGAGCAGGAAGGGGUGAUGCAGGAUGCCGCCACACCCAUCUGGCUGCUGUUCUACGGGGGUGUGGGCAUCUGUGCCGGCCUGUGGGUAUGGGGGCGGCGUGUGAUCCAGACCAUGGGCAAAGACCUCACCCCAAUUACUCCCUCCAGUGGAUUCACUAUAGAGUUGGCCUCUGCACUCACUGUUGUGCUCGCUUCCAAUAUUGGAAUUCCUGUCAGUACCACCCACUGCAAGGUGGGCUCUGUGGUGGCUGUGGGCUGGCUGCGCUCCAAGAAGGCGGUGGACUGGCGGCUCUUCAGGAAUAUCUUCCUGGCGUGGUUCGUGACGGUGCCAGUGGCCGGCCUGUUCAGUGCGGCUGUUAUGGCUCUGUUCGUCUACGGCAUCCUGCCCUACGUCUGAGAAGGAGAAGGAAGGAAGGAACGAGCGCGUGA